AUGAUACAAAGGUCACUGUUGCACUGUAGGUACUGGCGAUGUAACAUAGUUGGUGCACCUAGUGGAAAACUUGUUGGAAAGACCAUAGCCAUGAAGGACACCAUUUCUGUAGCAGGAAUACCCAUGAUGUGCGGGUCACAUCUGUUGGAAGGCUACAUCCCAGAUCAUGAUGCAACUGUGGUAUCCAGGAUAUUGGAUGCUGGUGGGACAAUCACCGGUAAAGCAGUGUGUGAGGAGUGGUGUUUCACUGCGACCAGCUGUACUUCAUUCACAGGUCCUGUGGUCAAUCCUCAUGAUGAAAAAAGAAUGGCAUUUGGAUCCUCAUCUGGUUGUGCGGCACUGGUAAGUGUCAUUGUUAGUAUAUAUUUUUUAGCCCAUCUGUUUUGUCCCAGGUGAGUAAAAUAUAUAUUUUUGUUAAGGGUGCUUUUGAGACCAAUUUGGGAUCUAGCUUCAAGUCCUUCUAGAAAAAAAGGAAGUUGUGUUUUGAAAAGUGGAGGAAUUAUCUGUACCAUCUUUGAUGUUAGAAUAAAAAUCAGUAUUAUUGACAGGUCGCUGGAGGUAAAGUGGACGUGGCUAUGGGCGGUGAUCAAGGAGGUUCAAUAAGAAUACCUGCCGCUGCCUGUGGUAUUGUUGGAUUGAAGCCAACGUAUGGGCUAGUGCCGUACACAGGGAUAAUCCCAGUGCACACUUGCUUGGAUCACACAGGACCGAUGGCAAGAACUGUGAAAGAUGUGGCUUUACUUUUAGAGGUAAACUAGAAACUUCCCUCAAGUAACAUUCUUGCAAAUAUCUUAGUAAGAAAAUUUUUUUAUGCUUGUGUUAGAGGUGUGUGUUCUAGUGUUUAAUUACAAGAAGCCUUUUACCUAGUUUUUGUUUUCAAAUUGCUUUUUAGAGGCAACGACAACUUCACGACUUUAUCAGGACGAAGUUGAGUAAUUUCAGACAUACAUUACACAGAAAGAAAUAUUACUUUAGAUUGUUCACACAGAAAAAUGAGCUAUCAGCCUUCACAGAGCGCAUCAAGCCAAUCAAUGCCUUAGGGACCGUUCAUUUUUUCUGGGGUAGGGGGCGCUGGUGGGAUUUGGAGGAGUGUAAUUUGAAAAUUGUAUGACCUCCCCCCAAUUUCCGAUUUUUUUUGCAUGGUGUCCCCCCCCCUCAUCAGAGUAAUUUUUUGGAAGCCCCCCCCCCCCAUGAAUAAAAAAAUACAUAAGGUAUUAAAAAAGUUACUGCAUUAAAAUUUCGUUUUGUUACAUUUCACGUAAUUUAGUGAAAGAAAGCUGAAAGCUAGAAAGCUGUUUUUAACAAAUCCUCACUCAAAAGAAUGAAAAGUCAAUUUCAGCUCUUCUUGUUACUGCUCGUCGUGAGCGUGUUGUAGCUGGCCGCUCGUCUACAUAUUCCUCGUCUGAGGCGAUAAAAGCAAGAACGACAUCAUUUGAGUCGUCUUCAGAGUCAGGGGCAUCACUCUUGUAAUCAUCAUCAGUUUCUUCUCCCUCACUGCUUUCACCACUGCUGUCUAGUUGACCUGAUUCAUUGCUGCCUCUCACUUCGGCUUGACCUGUUCUGAGAGUAUUCAUCUGCAGGAAGUAUCCCAUAAUUGUCUUCACUUUGUCAUUCUUGCUGCUCUUCUGGCGCUGUUUUAAUAGCCCAUGAUGUUGUAAGUAUUUGUUCAAUUCUGGCACACGGAGCUUUUUUAGCUUGGCGGCAUCUUCGCACAAAGUAGCCCAAUGAUAAUCAUCAUAGGACUUUUCUCUUGUCUCCCUACUUUCCCUUGCCCUUUCCGCCAGUCUCUUCUUUUUUUUUAAACUCUAUGACCUCAAGAUGCUGGAGAUAGUCAACCACAAACUUUGGUUUCACAAUGAAUUUGUCUCCAAAUCUAGCUACGCUCUCUGGGUCAGACAAAACUACGCUACCACUGGCAUGUGCCUUUUUCAACUGGACUCUUGGUUGCCAAUCAGUCAAAGGGCAGAAAACGCAAACGGUUUGAAAACAACGUCCUACGCGUGUAUCAUAUCUGCGUUGCAAAUCCCCUUGCAAAAGAGCUUCCCAAUUGUCUUCUUUAUCCUCCCUCCAUGACAAUUCCGGAAGCGUGCAUAAACGUUGAAGAUGUGGCAGCAUUGUUGCUAACACGGGAUGCAGCAUUCAUCGCUCACCUACUGCAAUCAAGCUACUUCAGCAACGCGGCACAAAGCAGGCUUAUUACCAACCUUAAGCCAGAAGUAAGAAACAGGAUGUAUUGCUUCCUGCAUCCUGAAGAUUAUAGCUCAAACGUCGGAGACACGAACAAAGAGGAAGAAGAAAACGACGAAGAAGAGGAAGAAGAGGAAGACAACGAAGAAGAACAGGAGGAAGAAGAAGAGGAACACAGCGACGACGAGAUCGAAGAGAACGUCGAAAAUGAGGAAGGGGACAACUCGUAGUAGUUUCAUGCCCCUCCCAUUAAAUUUCUCAGAGAAAAGCUCUGGUAACGAGGUCAGUUCCAAUUCAGGACUCAAAUUAUUGGUUUUAAUUAUAUGAGCUUGACAACAACAUUUUUAUGAAUGAAAAGAAAGUUGUUGCUAUUCAAGACUGUUAUUAUGGUAUGUUCACUGUCCUAAUAAAAUAUAAAAGCUGUUGAGAAGUUUUCUUGUUACCCUGGAACUGUUUUAGCAUAUUUGUUAUAAAUAAAAGAGCACAAUUUUUCUUCCAUUUGUAAACAUCUCUUAUCCUAUUUUUAAUCUAAUUUUUUCGUCCGACCCCCCCCCCCCUUUCCUUCAUUUUUUUUCGGCUGGCCCCCCCUUUCAAGCCAAUUUUUUUCAAGUGCCUCCCCCCCCCAAAUCCCACCAGCCCCCCCUCUCUCAUAAAAAAUGAACGGUCCCUUAGCACUGAGAGUUGUUUGUCAAAGCAUAUAUGCAAGUGUAGCAAGAGUCCUUAGACAUUUGAAUGCUUGCUUUGUGAUUUGAUUCAUUAAGGUGGUUGCAGGAUCGGAUGGAGACUUGGAUCUAAGGCAACCACGUGAUCUCAGCACCCCUGCCAUGUACACCAGCUCUGUAAGUACAAUAGUUCAGGUUUCCCCACCCUUCCUAGGGUUUGAACAUUUUUAGACAGCUGAACAAUGCUUAUUAAAUGAAACACUGAGCUAGUCAACAAAACGAGUUAAGAAAUCUAACCUCGGCUAGCUCAUUCCACCAGCGUCCAAGCUGUUUGACACAAAAUAGCAAGGGGACUUUUCACUCCAGAGAACACAACUUUCACCAAACAAGUUCAUCCUCUUCAAAGUCUCACUUUUUGAUUUGCUUUUCCUCACUGUCAUACAUGUAAGCCAAACUAAUUCUCUGUCUCCCCUUAAACCUCUACAGCUCACAGGUAACAUUUCUGGUCUGCGUAUCGGACUGCUAAAGGAGGGAUUCCACAUGCCGGAUGCCGACGUGAAGAUUAUGACAACGGUGAAAGACGCCGUUGAUCGUUUGUCAUCUCUGGGUGCCACUGUUGGACAGGUGUCAGUACCAAUGCAUUUUGAUGGUAGGCUGUAGCCUUUGAUAUGUAAACCGAGCAAUAUUAAUUAUAUCCCGAAGACCACACGACCGCUGGACUUUUUAUUAAGGUGGAUCUCCACUGGCGCAUAAUUUAUACGUGGGUACGCACGUAAAUUUUAGGCGCGUAAAUGGUUGAGCGAGGUUCAAGUUUUACGUUUACACGUGACCUUUCAUACAUUGCGUCUAUUUUAUUUGCGCGCGUCAAAAUUACACCACAGUGGAAAUCCACCCUAAGGAUUGCGCAUUCAUCUGUGACAUACUAUAACAAGGGCGCAUACCUUGGAAUGUUAAUUCAACUCCCAUGUGCGCUCCGCUUAUCACCGCAUUUUUACCGACCUGUUCGCAUUUAGUUCAAUUUUACGGCAUAUUAAGGCUAUCGUGGGGGUCCCACAAACUUGACAGCAAGGAAGCCAAGCCAGGAAAUUGUAUAUUGUUCACAUUUUUAUGGUUUUACAUCAACAGAUUCGCAUACAAAUGGGCCUCUUCUAUUUUAACGUGAAAAUAAAACUGUAAACUGUUCUGUACAAACGCCGAAUGAAAGCUGUUCGCUCUGGGCAAUGUGAACUUCUGGAUGCAACCUUCUUCUUGACAGACAAAGUUUUAUCUCUCUCUUUUAAUUCUUGUACCAAUCCCAAGCCAUUAAUAACAAUGGAAAAGCAGAGGGGAGUGACUUUUCGGUUUUUUUGUUUUAUGUUUUUUUUUUCGUUUUAUCAUGGGUUGCUUGGUCGUUUAUUGUUCUUUGAUUUACCACUUGGUGUGAAUUCUGCUCUUUUGAUUCGUUGACAGGGAUUAGAGUAUGUGACGCGCUUUGCAUGGAAGGGGGUUAUAGACUACUUAGUGGUGAGUGUAAUAUGCAGCUUAUUGGACGGACUACACAGAUUAUAACCGUGGAUAUUUUAUAUGGUUUGCCUAUAUAUCCAGCUGUUUUGUUUUGGGGCUAGGUUUCUUCGUUCAUUGCAUGAUUUCCCAACUAACUCUGAUACAGCUGAAAAGCGCCUCUAAAAAACAGGCAGAAAUACUGAUCUCCUGUCUUACACUAUAGAGAGCUAGAAAGGUUAUAUAUCCUAACCAAUUUGCGCCACAGAACAGGCUGAUUUUUGGCAAGUGAACAUUUUUCACCGCGUUCUUUCUGGAUAUACCAACCAAUCUCAUAAUUUCACAAAUUUAGUUUUUGUGACGUCAUCACUUUUCUUCUCCAUUUAUUUGGUCUUAAAGGGUCUAAUUCAGAAGCCAAGGGCUUUGUCGACACCAGUCUUCAAGCAGCCAUUGGUCGUGGUUUCACAACCCGUGGGAAAGAUCUGGGUCCUGUUGGGAAAUUAACCAUGAUACUUGGUGCACUUUUACAUGACGAUAGUCAUGGGGUAUUUCAUGGAAAGGCGAUCAACUUAGCACGCAAAUUGUAUGAAGAGUACGACAAAGCUUUGAAAUUCCACGAUGUUCUUAUUAUGCCAACAAUCAUUAACAAGCCGCCAAAAGUCCCAGACUCUGGUGAAGUGAAUUUUGGUAAGUAACUGUAGUGGAUGGUCCUCACUUAAUUUUGAUGGGAGCGUGCGGGGAAGUGUUUUGGACAAGCAGGAGCCCAUCACCCGGAGAGAGCAACUCCCAUACUAGGCCUGUGUCACGACGUUUUCAAGGGCUGGUUUAAUUUUAGAUACAUUUUAGCGCACUUUUCUCCGCAAAAAUGGAAGCUCCGUUCCAUCUAUGAGCACAUUUGAAAGAUAACAUAUGGGAAAGAAAAACUAAACGGAAAACUAAAACGUCCUUUUCAGCGCCGUAGGUUGUGCUGACUGGUUCGUGGGACUAGAAUGUUCUAAAUUCGCGUCAAAAUCGUUCUAAAAAUAAACUGACCAGUGAAAACGCCGUGACACAAGUACAUGGAAGUCGCUUGCUCCGGAUUAUUGUCUCCUGGGGCAAGUUAAUAAAUAAUAAAACAAUAAUAAUGACUUUGUAGAAGGCUUAUCCACCGAGUAGUUCCUCGUCUAGUUUGUCCCUAUAUCGCUGUCUGUAAGACGGACACCGUCCAGACAAGCACUGAGUGUCCCUCUAGGAGAGGUGCUUUGUAGAGCGAAUUCAAAGAAAAUGACUGAAGAACGGCAGGGUCCAACUCUAGGGGUCGGUUAUUUAAACGAAGUCCAACUUAGACUGCGGUUUAGGAAAUCUUUGGACCUCCAGAACUCUUCCUUACUGGGUAAUUUUAAAAGGACAAAUGCUUUUCAAGUCUACGCCAUAUGCUUUCAUGAACUGUUCACGAAACAUGGCGUUUACAUAAAAGCGUUCGGCGAACUGAAAAUUGCUUAGAACACAGUUUUGUUAAACACUGGCUAAACUCCGUUUAAAUAACUGGCCCUAGGUGUUCGGCGUAGAGAGAGAUGUCCACUUUGAAGAAAGUCAUAUAAAAGGAAAUGACUGAAGAAUGGAAGGGACCAACUCUAGGUUUUCUGUUACUUAUAGAGAGUCAAAGAAAAGGAGAGGGACUCGAGGUGUCCAUUAAUAGAGAAUUGACAGCAUGUACUGAUUUUGAUUAUAUUCCAUACUUAGGAAACGCUUUUAAUUUCUGCGAGAACACUGGUCCAUUUAACGUGACAGGGCACCCAGCUCUUACAAUCAACGCAGGAUUCAGCGAUGGUUUGCCUGUGGGAAUGAUGAUUGUGGGGAGAACGUUUGAUGAAGCCACUGUUCUUAAUGUGGCCUUUUCGUAUGAGAGGUUGAGGGACACUAGCUAA